AUGUUUGACAAUUGACAAUUUGACAAUUGGAAGUUAGGGAUUUUUGGAUCAGUUAUCCUGAAUUGAUUACCGCAUGUUUAAAUUGUGUAUAGAAACGCUGAAAAUCAAAGAAAAAAUUUACACCGUGUUCUAGCCACAAUGACACGGCAAGUGGAUGUAAAGGCUCUUGUAUCGCAUGUAAUACGCGGUGACGGUGUAAAUAGAUGCCGAAUAUGUAUGGGAGAUACAUCAGAAGGACAAGUGCACUUAGGUGAUACAGUUGUAAUGGAUGGCGAGAGACCUGUACCUCUCUCUGAACUUCUUGAAACCGUUACAGGAAUUAAGAUGCCGGUAGACGGAGACCUGCCAUCCGGAGUAUGCCCGGAAUGCUCCAAAUGUGCCAUGAAUGCAGCGGAGUUUAGAAUGCUAUGCCACCAUGCCGUCAGCCAAUGGGAGAUAACAAUACAGCUGUUACAGAACCUACCAUUGCAACGGAACAACUCAAAUAAGACCAUGUUUGCUAUUAUCGAUAAAAGUCAAAUAACAAUUAUAAAUGACAAUACAUCUGACUCAUUUAGUAUCAAUACUGCUGCACAGAGAUUGACAGAACAUUUAAAUCCUGACCAAAUUAAAAAGGAGAGUAAUGUGUUGUGCGAAUGUCCCAAUUGUGGGAAAGAGUUUCAGUAUGCACAGCAGCUAAGUCAUCAUUUGAAAGAAUCGACGGAUCAUAAACGAGCCUGUCAUAUAUGUGCCAAGAUAAUGUACCGUGAUGAUCUGGCUAGACAUAUGAAAAAGGUCCAUAAAAGAAAUCCUUAUGAUUGCAAAAAGUGUCCAGCGUUGCUAUCUUCUCAUAGUCAGUAUGUAAGGCACUUAACGAAGGCGCAUACUCGGGGAGCGUGCACGUGUAUUGAGUGUGGACGGAGCUUCCAGUCCUGGAAUGGUUAUCACGCUCAUGUCUCUAUACACAGACCGAAAAACUGUCCGAGUUGUGACAAGCUAUUUAAAAAUCAAAUGUGCUACGUGCAUCAUGUGAAAAAUUGUUGUAAUCUCGACAAGAAUAGAGAAGAUACCCACCGUACGAAGAACAAAGUAACGGUGGAAGUUAGAAAUGAAAGCAGUAAGAGACCUAUAAAGGUAGGUCUCCGAGGCAGUGCUGAUAAGGAAUGUAUAUGUGAUUACUGCGGGAAAAAAUUUGCUGGUAAAAAGUCUGUAGCAGCUCAUAUACAGAUAGUCCACAUGAAGAAUACUCAUCGCCCCUGCGUGUACUGCGGCAAGUUUUUAGCAACGGCACACAUGACUCAACAUGUCAAACAACACCAAUUGGACCUGUCGUUCACUUGUGAACAUUGCAAUGUUGUUCUGAAGACUAAGUUAGGCUAUAUUCAACAUCUACGACUCCACACGGGCGAGAGACCGUACGCAUGUGAUAUAUGUGGAGAAACAUUUUCGGCUUCAUCAAGAAAAUCAGAACAUAUACGUAAAAUGCAUAAAAGCACAGACAUAGUUCUGAAGCAAGCUUGUCACUUGUGCCCAGCUAGGUUCCGUUUGCCAUACAGAUUGAAGAAGCACUUAAAAUCCGUUCACAAUAAUGAUGGGGAUGGGUCUGUUCCGCAGUUUGAGUGUAAAGUAUGUCACGAGAGAUUCGGUUCCUGUCGAGGACUCCUGCAUCACAGCCGGAAACAUCAAAAUAUUACGCUAGCAUCGAAAACAGAGCAGUCAAUUAUGUUCAAAGUGUACAGUAAACCUAACAAAGAUUUGGAGGAAUUGUACGAGCUACCGGCCGGAGUUUGCAUCCUCUGCACGAACAGCGCCACAGCGGCCUGGCAGUUCAAAAACUUAUGCCUCGAAUCAGACAAACACUGGAGGAAAACUGUCUUAUUACUGACUAAAUUACAGUUUCAGCCGACUAGUACAGACAAAACUCUCUUCAUAGGCUGUAAUACAUUGAUAAGGGAUAAUAUUGAGAAUAAACAUCUAAGCGAUGCUCUGGAUAGGCUGAAUUUACUGCUGGGACAAAAGAAAGCGAAAAGAACGAAAUACCAAGGAAGUCGAAAGUGUGAUGUUUAUAAGUGUAAGGACUGCGGGAAGGACUUUUCUAUCCCUUAUUUUUUGAAUCGCCAUUUGCUGAGUACGAAUAAGCGCGUCUGUAAUCUGUGCGGGAAAAUUAUACCGAAGCAACGCCUCGCUAAGCAUUUGUAUAAGAGUCACGGCAAACUGGUCGUCAAUUGUGAUAUUUGUGAUAAGCUGUACGACGAACAGUUCCAGUUGGAACGCCAUAAAGCGAUGCUUCACGGGAAGAAUUCAUUUUCGUGUAAUAUAUGUAAGAAUGGUUUUAAAAACGAGAGAUCUGUCCGUGCGCAUAUGUAUACGCAUACUUUGUUUAAUUGUACGUCAUGUAACGCCAGCUUCGAGAAUCGCAAGUGCUACACGUACCAUACACAGCGUUGUGACGGUUCGAAGCAGGCAGCGGAAGGUCAUUACGAGUGUCACGAUUGCGGCAACGUCUACACGAAAAAGCCAUCGUUGAAGAUUCACAUUGUGCAGAAACAUUUGAACGUUUUGCCAUACGUUUGCCAGGUUUGUGGCAAACGUAGUUCGACCAAAAACCAUCAUAAGGCCCACGAGCAAAUCCAUAAAGCUAAGAGGAAAGUUUAUCAAUGUUUUUGCGGGGCGAAAAUGUUGACAGAAUUAGGAUUUAACAUGCAUCAAAGGAUACACUCUGGCGAGAAACCGUACGAGUGUGAUGUGUGCGGCGACAGGUUUUUGUCAGCUUCGAGAAGGUUAGAUCAUAUCAAGAGGAAACAUAGAAGUAAAGAAUUCGCUCACGGCUGUAGUCACUGUGAUGCUAGAUUCAUAAGAGACGAGAAUUUGUUCCCAAAUGGGUUGUGCAUAUCCUGCACGAGUGUGGCGGUCGCGUCGUACGAGUUCGCAGUGUUAGUUCGUAAAUCGCAGAAGCUAUGGUCGAACUGUAUCAACUCCCUACAAACUCUUCCAACAGUGACCUUAACGCACAAGUCACUAUACGUGAUUCUAAAAGAUAAUUUAUUAAUUCAAACUGUUAAUAACUUUGAGGGAGAUGCUAAAGAUCUAUUCGAUCACCUAACAAACAGGUUCGUGAAGAGGAAGAUAAUCACAGAAAGGAAGCCGAGACACCCGAGGGCGGGACCGGCGUGCAGUUGCACGGAUUGUGGGAAAAAAUUCAUCAGCCCGUACUAUUUGAAUAUGCACUUGAGGAACAGUGGCCAGAGGGAGUCUUGCUGGCUGUGUGGCGCUAUGUUCACGAGAGGAGAUGAGAUAAAAGAGCAUUUAUCAAAUAUCCAUAAGAUUACUAUGUUUCGAUGCACGGAAUGCCCGUUACUGUUUAAAAGCGAGCUGGACAGGAAAUGGCAUGUCAAGAAAUGCCACGGUCCUGGCGCGUUGACGUGUAAUGAUUGUGGUAGAACAUUCCAGAGAAAGGGCUCGUUUGAAGUACAUUCGCAAAUGCACGCAGUGAGAACGUGUAGAGCUUGUGGCUCGCAGUUCUCAAAUCGAGGUUGUUACAGAGAACACAGGUCAAAAUGUGAACCCAACGCUAAGCCAGAUUUGAAGACAAUUCCAAGGAAUAGGAGAUCGAAUGUACGCGACCCAGCAACGUUUAUAUGUGAUUACUGCAAUAAGACUUAUCAUUCCCGUCCGCAAUUGAAGAACCAUAUCCUCUGGAUACACAUGGAUAUCCGGCCGCAUCAGUGUCAGUGGUGCGGUAAGCGUUUUUACACACCAGCUCGAUUGGCCGAACACACAGUGGUACAUACGCGUGUACGGAAUUUCGAGUGCGAUAUUUGUGGCGCGAAAUUGGUAUCUAAAAUGGCCGCCGUGUACCAUAGACGAAGGCACACGGGCGAGCGGCCGUAUGAGUGCCAAGAUUGUGGUGAAAAGUUCAUCUCCUCGUCAAGGAGAUCAGAACACGCAAAACGUAGACACAAUAGAGGCUCCCGUCUUCAAUGUCCAGAAUGUCACGCCACUUUUGUAAGAAAGCAUGAGCUAAAAAAGCACGUGGACAAAGUACAUAAUCCUGAUAAUCAGUUGAUGGUGAAAAUAAAAAAAGAAAAAAGUUAUUCUAUAGCUGAAACGACGAUUCUUUGACAUUAUAUGAAGUAGAUGUUUUUUUUUUAAUUUGUUGACAUGAUUAUUGUAUAAUUAAAAAAACAUUAUUUAUUUGCUUA